UUUGACAAUUGAUGUAAGCGACAAAAAAAUGGCAGCCUCCGAGUCCGAAGGGCAUAGCAAGGCAAAGCCCGUUGAUGGAGAGAUCGAUAAAGAAUUGGACGAGUUGUUAGACAGCGCUCUGGGAGAUUUUGAAAAGAAUGAGUCAUCUAAACCUGAUUCACACAGGUCAGCUGGUGCUACUUCAAAGGGGGCAGAAGCAGGGUGUGGUGACCCGAUAUCUGAAGAGUUCACUGAGCAGUUUUCAGACGAGAUGGCCAAGGAGUUUGAGAGAGCCAUGCAGGGUCUCCUUGGUAACGACCCCAACAUGAUGCAGCAGAUUGAGAAACUGGCCGAGGCUGCAGGGUCAGCAGGGGACACCCCAGAGGGACAGAGAGAGUUUGGUGAGACUCUCAAACAGACCUUGUCCAGUCUAGCACAGAACACAGAGGGACUGCAGGAUACAGGUGGUGCUGGGGGUAUGGAUGAGGAGAUGAUGCGUCUGUUCUCGGGGCUGGGCAUGGAGGGAAUGGCGGGCUCUGAGGACUCUUUCAUGCCCAUGAUGCAGAACAUGAUGAAGACUCUCCUCUCCAAGGACAUCCUUUACCCUUCACUAAAAGAGAUCUCGGAAAAGUACCCAGUGUGGCUGUUGGAAAACAAGAUCAGGAUAACGGACGCACAGUACAGCAGUUACUCCAAGCAGAAUGACCUCAUUAAGGACAUUCUUGUGCAGUUUGAUAUGGAGACGCCAUCAGAUACUGACGAUAUCAAGAAACAAAGAUUUGAAACCAUCAUGGACCUUAUGCAAAAGAUGCAGGAUUUAGGACAGCCUCCAAAGGAAAUCGUCGGUGAUAUGGCUCCUGGUUUGGACUUUGAUGCAAAUGGGGUACCGAAGUUCCCUGGUUCUCAGGAUGCUUGUUCAGUCAUGUGAUCGUUGUCUUGAAUAGCCAUUGGAUGUUCAAAGUCAUGUGAUAUGUACAUAGGCAUUGAUUGGUUGAAACAAGUCAGUUUGUUACAGGAUACUGAUUGUUUGGAUGUUGUUAAUUUACAGUGAAUGGGUUCAUUGAAAAGUGUUCUAAAUGUUAAAAGGGUCAAGUUGAAAGCUACAGUGUUGAGGAUCAAAUAGCCUGUGAAAGUUUGGCUUUUAAAUAGCAUUUGUUAUGUAAUGCUUAGUGAUUAUUACAACUUAUAAGAGAAAUAAUGCCUGGUAUCAUUUCUCACAAGCCUGACUAAAAUAUGGACUUUUUUUUAGCUCACCUGUCACGAAGUGACAUGGUGAGCUUAUGUGACCGUCUGAUGUCUGGCGCCGUAUGUGUGUGCGUGUGUCCGUCAACAAUUUGUUUGUGUAAACAGAAGAGGUCACAGUUUUCAUCCAAUCUUUAUGAAAUUUGGUCAGAAUGUUUAUCUUGAUAAAAUCUGGGUUGGGAUUGUAUUUGGGCUAUCUGGGGUCAAAAACUAGGUCAAAAACUAGGUCACAUAAUAGGUCAAAUAAUAGAAAAACCUUGUGUAGACAAUAGAAUUCGCAGUUUUCAUAAAAUCUUUAUGAAAUUUGGUCAGAAUGUUUAUCUUGAUGAAAUCUGGGUUGGGAUUGUAUUUGGGGCAUCUGGGGUCAAAAACUAGGUCAAAUAAUAGAAAAAAACUUGUUUAGACAGUAGAGGUCACAGUUUUCAUCCAAUCUUUAUGAAAUUUGGUCAGAAUGUUUAUCUUGAUAAAAUCUGGGUUGGAAUUGUAUUUGGGUCAUCUGGGGUCAAGUUGACUCAACAACUAGGUCACUAGGUCAAAAACUAGGUCAAAAAGUAGAAAAACCUUGUGUAGACAGUAGAGGUAACCGUUUUCAUCUAAUCUUUAUGAAAUUUGGUCAGAAUGUUUAUCUUGAUAAAAUCUGGGUUGGGAUUGUAUUUGGGUCAUCUGGGGUCAAAAACUAGGUCACUAGGUCAAAAAUUAGGUCAAAUAAUAGAAAAACCUUGUGUAGACAAUAGAGGUCGCAGUUAUCAUCCAAUCUUUAUGAAAUUUGGUCAGAAUGUUUAUCUUGAUGACAUCUGGGUAAGGAUUGUAUUUGGGUCAUCAGGGGUCAAAAACUAGGUCACUAGGUAAAAAACUAGGUAACUAGGUCAAAUAAUAGAAAAACCUUGUAUAGACAAUAGAGGUCACAGUUUUCAUCCAAUCUUUAUGAAAUUUGGUCAGAAUGUUUAUCUUGAUGAAAUCUGGGUUGGGAUUGUAUUUGGGUCACCUAGGGUCAAAAACUAGGUCACUAGGUCAAAUAAUAGAAAAACCUUGUGUAGACAAUAGAGGUCACAGUUUUCAUCUAAUCUUUAUGAAAUUUGGUCACAAUGUUUAUCUUGAUGAAAUCUGGGUUGGGAUUGUAUUUGGUUAGUUAGGUGAGCGAUUCAGGUCCAUCAUGGCCCUCUUGUUUUAAUUUGAUUUUAAUUUUAAUGUCUUGAAUCAAUUAUCAUAGAAAAUCUUCAAAACGAAGUGAAGACAAAAUGGCAGUUACUGGUAAUGUUAAUCUACCAUAUAUGUUCACCAUACUAAUGUUACUUAAGAGUCAUUGUUUAAAAAAAAUAUGUAGCUAAUUAUUAAAAAAAAAUUAUUGGUAAUUAAUCAUGCUCAGAAUACUUGUCCUUUGUACAGCUACAAAAGUUUUACCUUUAAAGGAGCAUAUCAUCGCUGUCGUUCUCAAACCUCGUAGCUACAAAAUGCCAACUUUUCAGGAGAGAGAAAAAACCUUCUCAUUUUUUUUAAAGAAACCCUCGUAGUUGCAAAUCAAAAAAAUUAUAAAAAUGUUUUUGUCAAAUUUGUCCAAACGAAACGAUGUACCUAUAGGUGAAAUGGCGUCGCUACCAAUUUUUUGCCGGGAAAAAAGCCAACAAUAAUUCUACAACAUUUCGUUACGUCAUGUGGCUUUUUCAAGGGCUCUGAUUGGCGUAGAGCUACGAGAUAUAGCACAAAACACGCGCCAUACUUCAUAUAGUCAGAAAAGACGAAAAAAAUAUUUUGAAAAUUUUGGAGCUACGAGGUUUGAAAACGACAGCGACAAUAUUUCAAUUUAUGAAUCUUUUCUGCGUUUUCAUUUGACUAUUCAUUCCCACGCCUAUUUGAUGUUGUUAAUUUGUUGCUUGAGGAUAUACCACACUGUUAAAGAAGUUAAUUUAUGCAUUGUUUCUGCUUAAAUCAAGUCUGCUCAAACACAUGACAGCCCUUGUGAUUUUAAGGCCAUUUUAGCCAUUAUUAAUUAUGUUUUGAAAUCCACGAAUCAUUUAUUGUCAGCCAACAUGGCUCUUGAAUUUUAUCUUAACCCAAUUACUACGCAUUCAUGAAACAAUAAUACAGGUAUAAAACGUUACAAGUAAUUUGUAUAAAUAAAUAAACAAUAAUUGAACACAUUUAGUACAAAGAACAUUUGUUUGGUUUCGUGGUAAUAACAGGAAUUAUUUUUCUCAGUAAAAGAAAAUAAAUAUUUUCUAAGGCAGUGAAAAUGUAGAAAUAUUUCUCACUUCACUGAGAAAAAUAAUUCACAGUUUUACCCCAAAAUCAAACAGAUAUCCUCUAUUUACAAUUAGCAACAAAACUCACUUUUAAAGCUAUUAAUAUGAAACUUUCUUGGUUGAUAGAUCCUGUUGAAGGGAACAUUGUUGAAGGGGGAAGUGCAAUGCCCAAGAACCUUCCCUCUGCAUCGCUUAUUUGGAAUUUUUGGCAUUUUUGUACAGGGCUUUUUUCAAUCUUAAGAAAGGGCCUUAUAUAGGCCCUUCCCUUAAGAGAAAGGCCCAUUCACAUAAGAGGAAUGCUUUAAAAUGAUACCAUUUUCCCCAAAUUUCUAGCUCAUUUUGGGAAAUUUCUUCCCCUUUUUCAGUUUGGUCGAUAAUGUUUUCCCCAAAUCAAGAAAAAAAGCCUCCUUAUUAUUCAGUACUUUUUUUAUAUUUCUAAUGUAAAACUCUUAGACUAUGAAAGCUUUGUACUAGAAUCUAGGUCAUUGAGAUUGAUCGAUUCAUUCAUUUUGCAGUGCACAAGAACUGUAACCCUGCAUCAACCUACAGUACUGUUGGGAGUUACUGCGUUUUUAAUAUUUUCAUUAAAUUUUGUCCAGAGCAUGAUUUUAAGAUUCGUUGGAGUAUAAGGUGUGCUUUGCAAUAUUUUUUAUUGCCAAUAUUUAAUGUAAGGAGGGCAAUAUCCCACAUCUGACUUGUGGAGUUCUAGUUCAUUAUUUGUUACAGUAUUAUUUUAUUUCACUUUGAAUACAAUGUCUGAAUUUUUGGUAUAAACAGCUGACUUUCAUACCUCAAACUUGCAUUAGUCUAUUUUAUUUUGAACUUAAUUAUGCUCCCCCCAAAAAAAUUUGGGGGGGAGCAUAUAGUUGCCGCUUCGUCUGUCCGUCCGUGUGUCCGUCCGUGAACAAUUUUUUUCUGGGCUAUUUCUCAGCAACUAAUGACCGGAAUUCAAUGAAACUUUAUGGGAAGCUUCACUACCAAGAGGAUAUGUGCAUAUUAUCAGCGGGUUCUGGUCGGAUGAUUUUUCACAGAGUUAUGGCCCUUUGAAAUAUUCCAUUUACUGUACAUAUAGUGCAAUUCUAGUCCGGGCUAUUUCUCAGCAACUAAUGACAGGAAUUCAAUGAAACUUUAUGGGAAGCUUCACUACCAAGAGGAGAUGUGCAUAUUAUCAGCGGGUUUUGGUCGGAUGAUUUUUCACAGAGUUAUGGCCCUUUGAAAUUUUCCAUUAACUGUACAUAUAGCGCAAUUCUUGUCCGGGCUAUUUCUCAGCAACUAAUGACCGGAAUUCAAUGAAACUUUAUGGGAAGCUUCAUGACAAAAAGGAGAUGUGCAUAUUAUCAGCCGGUUCUCGUCGGAUGAUUUUUCACAGAGUUAUGGCCCUUUGAAAUUUUCCAUUGUACAUAUAGUGCAAUUUUUGUCCGAGCUAUUUCUCAGCAACUUAUUACGGGAAUUCAAUGAAACUUUAUGGAAAGCUUCACUACCAAGAGGAGAUGUGCAUAUUAUCAGCGGGUUGUGGUCGGAUGAUUUUUCACAGAGUUAUGGCCCUUUGAAAUUUUCUAUAAACUGUACAUAUAGUGCAAUUCUUGUCUGGGCUAUUUCUCCCCAACUACUGACUGGAAUACAAUGAAGCUUUAUGGGAAGCUUAACUACCUUGAGGAGAUGCUAUUUGUGGGUUCUGGUUAGAUUAUUUAUUUAAAGAGUUAUGGCCCUUUGAAAUUUUUAAAUUGCUAAACGAUCCAUCGUAUUUUUUUGUCCAAAGUUAUGCCCCUCAAGACGUUUCCUUUUAUCUGAAUAUAUAAUGCAAUAUUGUGACAAAAAAAACUUUUGGGGAGCAUCACCAGUCCCAGACGGUUUCUUGUUUCUUGAUAUUUCAUUUUUAAUGAAUACUGUUAAUUUAUAGUGUUUUUGUUGCUAAGCAUAUAUUGGCCUGUAUUUCAGUCUAUGUAUCUCUGAAUUGAUAACACCUGUGGCAAUACAUAUCGAAUCAUGGUCAAGCCUGUCCCGUUUUUAAAACAUAGUUUGUAUUAAAGGGACCUUUUCACUGAUUUGGGCAUGUAUUGAAGUUUUUCAUUUAAUACUUUUAAUCCAUAAAUGUAAACAUUGGAACUAAAUAGCUCCAGUAAAAAAUAAGAAUGAAAUGAAAGAAAGAAAAAAAAGGAAUCCUCAACUGGGCUCGAACCACUGACUAUUGGAGUAAAAGUCUAAUACUUAAAGUGAUAUUAUGGGCAUUUUUAACUGUUGAAUUGAGCUGGAAAGAAUUAACAAGUCAAAAGAGUAAGUUAAAAUGUGGUUUCUGACCAAUUAUCUGCAAUUCAUUUUGCUACCAGUUGUUUAUUAAAAAUAUAUUUUAUAUACGAUGUUUUACAUGACUCACCCAGUCCUCUAAGCUGAAAUGAUCCAUAAAACAAAAGUGUGUCUUUGUGUCGUAUGAACGAAUCUGCACUAAAACUUAAUUUAGGUUCACAUCGUACAGGCAUGAUCAGUUUUCAAACGAAAGUACGGUUGAUAUUCAAAUGCAUUAUUUUUGUCUUUUCGGGAUAUUGUUUUAGUAUGUUGAUGCUGCAUUAACAAAUAUAAGUGUAAUGAAGUGAAAACACAAAAAAUAAAUAACGGUUGCGAUAGACACCUAUAAACUGUUAGAUGCCCAUAAUAUCACUUUAAACCACUCCGCCAUCCAUACUCGUACAGUGAGCGGUGUAUUCUUUAUACGUAUAAACAAUCCUCGUAGUGUCUCAAAAUAAAUUGUUUACAACAGAACUCUCCAAAUUAUUCAAUCACUUCAAGUUUGUAGCGCUUUAUAAAAAAUGUUUUUAAAUCGUCAAAAGAUGCGUAUAAUUGCUAUUUUAGAGCAUGGCAAAUGUUGAUUAUAACUGUUUACUCGCAAAUAUCAUAACUACUAUGACAAGAGUUAAAGGUCAAGGUCACAGGGGUCAAAAUUUGUGUGCGUAUGGAAAAGCCUUGUCCAUAUACACAUGCAUACCAAAUAUGAAGGCUUUAUCUCAAGGGACAAAGAAGUUAUGAGCAUUUUUCGAAACCUAAACGCAGAUUUCGAAACCUAAACGCGGACCCUUACUUCAAGGUCAAGGUCACAGGGGUAAAAAUUUUUGUGCGUAUGGAAAGGCCUUGUCCAUAUACACAUGCAUACCAAAUAUGAAGGUUAUAUCUCAAGGGACAUAGAAAUUAUGAGCAUUUUUCGAAACCUAAACGCAAAGUGUGACGGAAAGACGGACAGUCCGAUCACUAUAUGCCCCCUUUUCUUCGAAAGGGGGCAUAAAAAUUUGCAGUUCUGAAACAAUUUUUUUCAAUUUUCAAUUUAAAUUGUAAAUUUAAGAAAAUGUGAAAAGGUCCCUUUAAAUAAUUGACCACUGAUCUGCCAUUCAGUAUAUUUAUAUGAAUCACAAUUUUAAAAAAGCAAUUAAACAUACCACUACAUUAACAUCUGCCUUAUGUAAAGGUGCCUCAUAUAAUAUUUUAUAUAAUCAGUUACCAUAGCCUUGUAUCGAAUCCAUGGAUUUUUGUAAUGCCCUGCAGAAAUGCAAACACAAAUUUGGAUGAACUUAAGUGCUGGAAUACAUUUUGUAUAUUUGUCAAAGGGUUCCUUUGUGGGUCUGCAGUACAAAUACUUGUCGAGAAGUAACUAAUUCUGGUAAAGACAGAAUUAUGUAGCAUAUAAAUUCACCAACUUUUCUUUUCUUUUUUUUUACUUUUCAUUCAUAUGUUUUUAUUUAUAUGUUUUGUUAAAAAAACAAUUGUAAAUGGAAUUAUGUAUGUCUGAUUGAUGAUUAUUUUGUAAACUAUUCCUUAUUGAAUAAAUUUGUAUCUGUU